GAGCAGAGCUGGCGGUCUCACUUGUGCCCUGGAUUGUAACGGAGACACACAGAGAGAGAGAGAGAGAGAGAGAGAGAGAGACCUCCACCAUGGAUGUCAAACUGCUGGCCCUGACUGCUCUGCUGGCCGUGGCCACACAUGUACCAACUUCUGACGCGAAGCCCAUCAGCCUGGUGGAACGCUGCUGGUGUCGCUCCACCCUCAACACGGUCCCUCAGCGCUCCAUCAGAGAGCUCAAGUUCCUCCACACGCCCAACUGCCCCUUCCAAGUCAUCGCCAAACUGAAGAACAACCGAGAAGUCUGCAUCAACCCGGAGACCAAGUGGCUGCAGCAGUACUUAAAGAACGCCAUCAACAAGGUGAAGAAAUCCAGACGACGCAACAACAAGAAGAACUGAACGCGAGGAAAGACGUGUUAGUGGUCGGACCUGGAGACCCCCGGGUCGAGUCUGUAUACCUCCCAGUCACUGCUAUGGAUGUUUGUAAACACGCUGUAUGUACCUGUUCACCGCUCUGGAGCGCCUGCAGCACCAGCACUUCACCGUCCACAGCACCGCCAACACCAACGCCACCAACCCCUCUGGACCUCCAGGUCUCCAUGUUAGCCUUCGGAUGACAGAACACAUGUUAACAUCAUUGAAACGUGUGUGGCUGUAGAUGUUCUUUUCAGACUUCACCGGGCGUUACAGAGAAUUCUGAGCUUGGUGGUCGACGCUGCCUUCAAUGUCUGUCAAAUUAUCUUUAAAUAUGAGCUGUUGAGGACGUUAGUGCCAGAUUCUUUAAAUCUCCUUCAUGUGGUUUUUGCAAACUAAAGAAGCGAGGCAGUAAUGACCCGUUUAAAUUAUUUAACAUGACACCAAUUCGAGUAUUUCCACUUAAUCCGUUUUUUAAAGAGUGAAUUCUUCUUCUUCUGUUGUUCCUAAUCCUUUAAAACUACUUCAGAGAUAUUUCACAUUAAAUUAUCCUCAUGGUUAUUUAGCAUUCCUCCAGCACUGAGGCGACACUUCAAACUCACUAACUGGGUCACAAGCAGGGACCAAUCAGGUCAGGCGAUGCUGCAAACAAACACACACACACACACACACACACACACACACACACACACGCACACACACACACACACACACACACACGCACACACACACACACGGUGCUGUAUAUUUAAACAGAGGGUCAGAGA